CGCGUGAAGACUUUUAAAUGUUAAAUUAAAAACUCUAAAUUGAAUAAUGAAUAAAACCAAGUGAGACGCGACCGGAGAAGUCAUGUGGAAGUGAAGUGGCCGAGCAAAGGCCUCAGCAGACGGAAGAGCGGCGCGGCUAAGGAGAAUCCCAUCCCUGCCGCCACAGUUCCUGUAACGGAAUCGAUUUUUCACUGCUAGAGAAACCCCAGAAAUGACGGAGAAUUUAGAGCUGCACCAGUUCCAGGAGGGCUCCCACACGGUAGACGAGUCGAAUCGCUGGCUGGAGCGACUGAAGACGCGCGUCAACUGUCCAUACUUGGGCAUUAUCCUGGCCACGCUGUCGUCCCUGUUCUUCUCGUUGUGCUCGGUGAUCGUCAAAGGACUGGUCGAUGUCAAUCCCAUGGAGCUGGCGGCAUUCCGCUUUGUGGGGGUGCUGCUGCCGACCAUUCCCAUCCUCAUAUACACCCGCCAACCAGUUUUUCCGCAGGGGACGCGCGUCAUACUGCUGAUGCGCUGCUUCAUGGGAACCACGGGCCUGAUGCUCAGUUUCUAUGCCUUCCGGCACAUGCCACUGGCCGAUGCAAGCGUAAUCAUCUUCUCCACGCCCGUCUUCGUGGCCAUCUUCGCGCGCGCCUUCCUCAAGGAGCCCUGCACCAUGUUCAAUGUGAUCACAAUCAACAUAACGCUUGUCGGCGUAGUACUCAUCACUCGGCCGCCUUUUGUGUUUGGCGAAACGACGCCCCCGCCGGAUGAACAGCUGACGGGCAGGCCAUACGACAUCUGGGGACCCGUGGCCGCCUUCUCGUCCACCCUGUUUGGGGCUAAUGUCUACAUCCUGUUGCGGGCGCUCAAGAACCUACACUUCUCCGUGAUAAUGACCAACUUCGGAGCCACUGCCCUCGUGUACACGCUUAUCGUGUGCGCCUCCAUCGGAGCCGUAUGCUGGCCCAGUUGCGGCCGUGACCGCUGGCUGGUCCUCGUUCUCGGUGUCUUCAGUUUCCUCGGCCAAAUCCUGCUCACCCUCUCGCUGCAGAUCGAGCAGGCCGGACCAGUUGCCAUCGCCCGGUGCGCCGACAUCGUGUUUGCAUUCAUCUGGCAGAUGAUCUUCUUUGGCGAGACGCCCAAUGGAUACUCACUUUUUGGAGCCCUCAUGGUGAUUAGUUCAGUCAUCCUCACAGCGCUGAAGAAGUGGGCCAUGACACUGCCGCGGGAGUCGUCGCUGCGCAAGCGGCUGCGACUCAUCCUACUGGAAUAGACGGAAGGUGGUGUCGCUCAGAGGCAGGGCACGCCGUGGUUUCUCCCGAGUAAUGUCUAGUCACAUCGUUCACACGUCGUAUAUCGUACAUCGUAGUAGAACGCAAUCAAAUAGAAACAUGCGGAAUGGAAUGAUACACGUAGACUUAGCAUAUCCAAGAGGCUCAGCAUAGCAUAGUUUAUUCGAAUAGCCGUAUCCCUAGGCAGUUUUCUGAGUUGGAGGAGGUGCGGUGCUCGUGAUACCCAUAAGUUUCCAUAUUGAAAUACUCAUAGUGUGUGUUUUAGUUUAGCCAAUUCGCCUAUUUGUUGUUUUGUACAUUGUUAUACAUGCUUUAAAUACAAUAAUAAAUAAAACUUAUGAAUUAA